AUGUUUUCCUCAUUUACUACAAAAGACCGUCUCCGUCGGUCCAUGUCUUCUCGUUCUAUCCACAAGCCUCCCCUUCCUGAAGUGGGCGUCAUCGAUCCCAAUGUCGCCAAGGCCCAUGCGGCAGCGGCAGCCUCUAAAGCCAUGCGCUUAAGCGAACGAUCAUCUACAGAGUCCAGGAACUCGUACGAUCGACUGGGUGGGCCAAUACAUAUGGCUGUACCUAGACGACGACCGAACUCCAGUCUGCAGGGGACAGACGAUGGUUUCUCGGUCUCCUCGACAUCUGCCGUACCCCCAGUACCUCCAGUACCUCCAGUGACACCGCGCCAGUCAAUAGAGUCGGGCUCUCGGACUUGUAUUGCAAAGGCAAUUCUUCCUCCACCGAAUACAGAUUUCAAAGGCCUUGAUGGACGUGAUAGCUCGGUUCCUUCUUCAUACCGCCGACUCCGCAAAGCCAAGUCCAUGUUCUCCACCAGACAGCGCUCAUCAAAUAUCACCUACAAAGUGUCCCCAAAGUCCCCAAAGUCUCCUCGGCAUGGUAUCGACCUUGACCGAAGCCCAGGCUUCGAGCUGCCACGCACACUGAGACCUUCCAUCUCUUUCAUCCGCGGAGGUAAUCUUCCAGGAUCGCGAGGCAUUCGUCAUGCCAAAAGCCACGAUGUCGCAAUUCAGCUUGCACGCAACCAGUUUCUCGAAGAGUCUAAGGGAGCAGGACCCGCCAGACGCCCAUCUCUUUUCAUGUCCAGGAACAAGAGGGAGCCCAAGCCUUUCCGCAAAACAUUCCGUGUCAUAAGCGAUGCUUGUAUCGGCGCAGUUUCUCCUGAGCAGGCUGGCUUCAAGCACUGUCGCACUAGAUCGAGAAUCUUCUCUGCUUCUUUCAAGAAGGGACUCAAACGGGUGUUUGGGCUUUCAAAGCCUGUCGAGCAGAAGUUCCAGCUUUACGAUGAAGACAUUUGUACCGUUAUUGAAAAGCCUACAGUCAAGCUUCAGCCUUUCAGUGUUACGCCCGAGCAAAAUGUUAGCGUGAAGCAUUGGAGUGGGACGAACCAGUUGCAGCUAAAGCAGGAGUCUCCUGGUCACGAUAGCACCUGUACAUCCGUCUCGCGCGUCACCAGCUGGGCCGAUUCAACCGCGGCCAACACCGUAACUACUCGAAAGACUGGACAUCGCCAAUCACUUUCAUUGAUCGAAGAACAUGGGGACUUGAACCAACGACUUCCUCGAAUGCCAGCCCGUGUCGUUGUAGGCAACAUUUCGCCCAGCAACAGAUCCAGCGCACACAAAUUGGAUCCCUGGGUCAACAGCCAGGAUCUAUACACUGCGUUGAUGAAGCAGAUUGGACAAACAGCAGGGCACAACUCAGAAGAGGAGAUAACUUUCGGCGCCGUGCCAGAACACCGUGUGGUUCCAGAAUGCACCACCUCCGUCUAUUCAUACCGCAGAGGACCAUCCGUCCGCCAUGUCGCAAGUGGAGAUUCUUCGCCUGUAUCAUUUUCAACUGCGCACCGCGGUGAUUCACAAUCUCCUCGAAAAAAACCUCAGUCGAACAGAUACGCUCAACGAUCUCGGGUGUCUCGAUACUUGCCUGGCCAAGAGAACUGUCGACCUUUGAGCCCCUAUGCGGUGGGGAAAUCUUCCCAGUCAGCAUUCAUCAUCAAUGAACAUUCCGAUCAAUCAACUGCGAGCGUUGUCGUUACUAAUUGCGAGGACAUCCAAGACCUAUCAAGAUCUUCGAGUAUCUACUCUCGCAGCACCGGUGUCAAGACCCUCACAGAAGACAUUGAUACUGAUGAUGACCAGUCUCUGGGUACAUGCGAAGAGCCUGGUACGGUGACUAUUUUUCCUUCUGAGCGCCACUGUUCUCCAACUCGGAACUCUGGAUCAAGCGCUCCCAGGUCUCAGGUGCAGCCAAGCGUGGACUGGCAGCAGUGGAUGAACUCCCAGAUUGGCAGAAUUGAGACCACGAGCCCUAUGAGGGAGCACUUCCGGGAGAAUGCACAAUACCAGGAAGAUGAAGAUGAAUUCUUCAUGGGUUUGAUACGGCGAGCCCAGGGGCCAAGUUCAGAGUCGAUCGUUAGUCCAUAUGUUGAAGGGCCAAAUAAGCCAGCAUGCAUUGAAGCACAGGCACCGAUAGAGUUCAAAGUCUCGGCUCAAAACAACUUCUCUCGUCCCUUCAGUCGCUCGUCAAGUAUUCGAACCAUUGUCACAUCGCAAAAGAUCGAACCCAGCUUCGCAGAAAUCGAGUACACCCACCCCUCUGGCGCUCAUGUCAAUGCCAACCAGGCCGAAAAUACCGUGCCCAGGCUUGCAAUUCCCAAGAAAAGCUCUCUGUCACCACUGUACGUGCGAGCGGGCACCCUACGUGAAGCGCCCGACUCUCCUACUCCUCGGCGCGACAAUGCAGGGUCCCAGAAGCGAACCUGGACACAGGAGCAGUACCGGCAGUAUUCAGUACGGCGCCCGAUCGCAAAUGGGAGGCCCAACUCCUUCCGAUCUGUGCGAACAUAUCGGGAUAUCCGCGGUCUAAAUAACGAGAACACACGUCAGCAGGAGGAACACGACGAGAUGAUGGGCGAGUACCACAAGCUCCAGGACAUUCGCUCAACAGUUUCCAGCAAGCAUAUGGUGGAGAUGUUUUUGAACAGUCGACGACGUCCAGGAGACACAGAGACAUCAAAUGACAAAGCCGAAGUAUUUCUAUAA